AUGAAGAUAGCCACCACCCCCUCAGCCGGGAUGAUGCAGGCGGGGUUGCAGGCCAGCGCCAGCAAGCUGAAGCUGGACAGCCUGUUCCUGCAGUGGUUCUCGAUGCCCGACACGCAACGAUUGGUGCUGGAGCUGCUGGAUGAUGUGAAGCAUGGGCGGCGGACAGCGCUGGCGGCCGGCUCCCGCAAGAAUGGCUCCCCUUCAAACCAGCCGCCGCUGUCCCCUAGAAAAGUGGGAGUGCCGCAGUCGCCUGUGUCUCCCACAUACAAGCCCGUGCCGCCACUCAGGCUACCGCCGUCCCCGCAGCUGCUCACCAUCCCUCAGUUCUACUUCCCCCAGCUGGGGCCGCAGCCCGAGGCGCAGCGGGCGAUGGAGGGGCGGCUGGUAGGGCUGCUGUCGGCGCAGCCGCAGGGGCUGGCCGUUGACGACCUGAAGCGCAUGCUGCAGCAGAUCCUCGACCUCCCCUCCUCCCUGGCCUACCCGCUGUUCCACAAGCUGGCGGGGAAGGGCGAGGAGCGGGUGGCACCUGCGGCGCUCAUGCAGUGGGCCUCCUCCCACAACCUGUGUGGCGCACCGGAGCUGCGCCGCGCCUUUGACAUCCUGCGCCAGGACCACGCCGGUGCGGUGGUGCCCGAGGACCUGCGCCCGCUGCUGGCUGGCAUCCUGCUGAGCCACCCGGGGCUUGAGUUCCUGCAGGAGGCGCCUGAGUUCCAGGAGAGGUACGCCGAGACGGUCAUCCACCGCCUCUUCUACCACAACAACCGACUGGGGGACGGCCGCAUCUCGUGGCGAGAGUUCCGCAGGCGAGCGCCGCGCGCCAAGGCCGGCCGGCCGAUGCGGCGCCCAUGCGGCUGUGGCGAGGGGCGCGCGGGCGUUGGAUG